AUGGACGGGAAUUUGACCACGUGGACGGGUAAUCUGACCGCGAUGUUGCACCAGGUAUCCUGUAACGGUAGUUAUCCAGGCUGUAUGGACGACUGCGGGCCCAGUCUGCUGGGAUUCGAUCAUCUUUGUACGGCGGACAGAGGCACCUUCGCUUCGUCUAUGACGCUGCUUUGCAGACCGUGCGAUUAUUCGUGCGACAUGAACGUCUCGUUGGUGAUCAGUGGACUGGAGAGCAUCGAGGGUGUGUUCCUGUCGAGGAUACCGAGGUUCAGGGAGUGCAACGAGACCGUGUUCGAGAACGGGAUUCUGGAAUGCACGACGUCCGAGAAUGCAACGACGGAGGAUCUCGCGAUCUCCUGUUCCCACCGUGCCAGAUUAAGUUCAACGACAAGGGGCCGCCGUUUCGACUGGAGCUUCCUGUUCGUCGCGGUGUUCAUCGUGGCCGGCGGUCUUGGCAAUAUACUGGUCUGCCUCGCGGUGGUGCUCGACAGACGGCUGCACAACGUCACAAAUUACUUUCUACUGUCUUUAGCCGUCGCCGAUCUCCUGGUCAGCCUGUUCGUGAUGCCGUUGGGCGCCAUACAAGGAUUCUUGGGAUACUGGCCGCUUGGAGUGCUCUGGUGCAACGUGUACGUGACCUGCGACGUGCUUGCGUGUUCAGCGAGCAUAAUGCACAUGUGCUUCAUCUCGCUGGGACGUUAUUUGGGCAUACGGAACCCCCUGCGUACCAGACACACGUCCACCAAACGUAUGGUCGGCUUCAAGAUCGCGGCGGUCUGGCUUCUCGCGAUGCUGGUCUCCAGUUCCAUUACGGUAUUAGGUGUAAUCAAUUCCGUGAACAUCAUGCCACGGCCGAGUACGUGCGUGAUAAACAACAGGGCGUUUUUCGUGUUCGGCUCGUUGGUCGCGUUCUACGUGCCAAUGAUCGUGAUGGUGGCCACGUACGUGCUGACGGUGCCUCUGCUCAGGCAACAGGCCCGUUUCGUCGCGGAACACCCGGAGAGGGACCAGUUCCGCAGACUCGGGGGCAGAUACUCGUCGACGAAAGCGUCCACGACAACGUCGAGCACCGCGUCCCUGACCACGCGGCACGCCUGGAGAAUUUCCGGUGGUACCGGAAGCGACAGGUUUCUGGCUGCAAGAACAAAGGGAAGGUCUCUGGCGGCGAAUGCGGUGGCGACGGAGCAGAAGGCCACCAAGGUGCUGGGUCUGGUGUUCUUCACGUUCGUCCUGUGCUGGGCACCGUUCUUCCUUCUGAACAUCUUCUUCGCCGCGUGUCCCGAGUGCUCGGUGCCCGGCCACGUGGUGGACACCUGCCUUUGGCUGGGAUACGUGUCAUCCACCAUCAAUCCGAUCAUUUACACCAUCUUCAAUAGGACGUUCAGGGCUGCGUUUAUCAGGCUGCUGAAGUGCAAGUGUUCCAGGUCGGCGAGACCGGAGCGAUAUCGUUCGGUGACGGAAGGUGGACGGAACGCGAUGAGCUUAUGCACACCGACGGCACUUCCUUUGGCCAUUAGUCUACAGACCACGUCGUUGUUGACGCAGACGCCGAAUCCGACGGCGACACAGACGCCAGGAAACUCGUACGUGACGAUGAUCCAUCGCUCGCCCGCAACCGUCUACCGGGACACACCGCCGGCAUGAACGCUCUGUGUGUCCUCUGAAUGAUUUCUGUUAUUAAACCCAUCCCGUCGAGUGAUCGCGUGUG